UAAACAUGUUCCGUGUAAGCAAUGAUACAACUUACACAAAGUCAUGAAAACCGCUAUCGCCUGUGCCAUGUAACCCAUGUUUCCUACCACCUACCUACAACCUAGUUUUAUAUAUCAAUACUCAAUACGUAUCACAAUAUUGCAAUAAGAAUUUAGAUCCAUCUCUGUCAAACGUAUGUCUAUCGCUUUGAUUUCUACCUGUUACCCGUAUCGAUUUUAUACACGCGCAAGCGUCCUCAUGGCCACCAACAAGACUUAUAACAGUCAGUUGUUAGAACGACAAAACUGAUCGUAAAUAACAUAACCAUUUCCAAAUCAAAUGUUAAUUGUAGGCUAGAGACAAUUAAAAGACUCUGAAGAUACAAGUCUGAUCGCUCCUUCGCGCAUGCUCGUUGCAUUUCAAAAUAAUUUUCUAUGUAGUCUUCGUGACGCAAGUUUCGCUGCCGGUCGGCCCAAAAUGUCCCUAAUGUGAAAUAACCGCCACGGAUCAUAUAGUGAUAUAAAAUGAUAUGUAUAGUUUAUAGUUGUUUGUCAAUUGCUGGGGUGACAAUGGAUUUUAAUGCAAGGAAUGUUGUUUUUAGGUAAAUCUGUUAGCAGAUAACAAAUAUACACGAAAACUUGAUGGCACUAUCGGGCCUUGGAGACGCAGCAAUAAAGAUACACAAACGAAAAUAAAGUGUUAUAAUGCCAGACUGGUGGUGGCUGUUCAUGGCUGCCAUUUUUGGCGCCGUAUCAGCCCUGACAAUUCCAUUAGCAUUAUUGCUUUAUUUCUUUAGACCGUUUGAGAAGGAACACCAAACAGAUGAAGACUUUAGCAUUCCAAUCACAUUACCUCCUGAAAUUCUGAAUGAAUUAUGCCAUGGUGCCGGCAGCACUCCAGAGGGAGCCUUGAAUGGGAUGCUACAAUUUAUCUUUCAGCAAAGUACGGCUGACACGCGAUGGUUAAGAAGACGUAUGGCGAAUGAGCUGGCAGAAUUACUUGCUAAGACAUCAUCAGGAAAGAUAUUUGAAUCUCUUACGUUACGUUCACUAGAAGUAGGAACAGAAUUUCCCAGUUUGUCAAACCUCCGCGUAGUGAGCGGAGAAUUAGAGGAAGAUGGGGCGAGACUCCGAUCCUUAGAUUUACGACUGGACCUAACUUACGACGGCAGCUUCAGGAUUGAAGUUGACGCAGUUAUGUUACUGGGGAAAAUCGCUAACAUAUCUAUCACGGUCGAGAGCAUCAGUGGUACUGUCCGUGUGAUGUUCCGUAGAACGCCGUACACGCACUGGGCGCUGGCUUUCGAAAACCAGCCUAAACUUGAGCUCCGAGUACGAGGUCGCUUCCAAGGAAGACAGCUCAAGCCAAGAUUGGCAGCCCUUGUCGCCGCUCAUAUAAGGCGAGCGGUUGCACAGAGACAUACACUUCCUAAUUACAAGAUACGGUAUAAGCCAUUCUUCCCAAAGUCAGAACCUGGCAGUACCGAAGGCGAAGAUGGUCCUACACCACAGGGCCGUCUCACCGUCAGGCUGGUAGAAGUGAGUCGACUGUACUGGCCCGGAAAUAUCGGCAUUGUUCGAGCCGCUCUAGCUGUAGAUUCUCAUGCUUGGGUGUCCCUAAGACGUGGUAUUCUUGUACUCGACAUAGUACUCCCAGCAGUGAAUGGCCCUCUAGGCCUUGUAUGCUGUCAAGGUGUUGGUGUCGUCCUAGUAGACACGGUUGUACCUAUGUCACCGGCAUACAGAGCUGAUCUUCGGAGAGACGACGUGGUUUUAGCGAUAGAUAACAAGCCUGUUACUAAUGUAGCACAGGUUGCCAAGCUCCUACGUAGCGUUGAGCGUCGUGCGGUAACAGUCCGUGUACGGCGGGGUGGAGCUGGAGGUGUGACAAGAAGAGAUGACGAACCAAAACGAUUGAGGACUAACUUCUCCUUUAGACGGGUUUCAGAAGUCAUGGAAGGAGUCAAGGGAUUACAAGGAAUGCGGUCUGCUUCUAAGACUAACGUGCAAGAUUCAGAUUCUCCAGCAAAGACAGUUGAGCAAAACGACAUCGAUACACAGGGAAAACAAAAGAUUGAAAUAGCACGCCAGCUUACUAAAUCCACGGAUUCUAUAGGACCUAGUAAUUUCGGGCUACGAAAACGAAGGUGUUCCGUUGAAAACAAAUCCUCUGACAGUUCUGCUGGAAGCACACCACCAGCUUCUGGAGCUAGUACACCACUUCGCCAAGUUACAACCAAUAAGACAGUUAAACACCCUGACGUACCCAUUAUACGUACAGAAACCGAAUGCAAGGUUUCUGAAAAGGAGAAUGAAGAAGAUGAACUCUUCGAAGCUGGCGGUCCAAGGCAGACGGAGCAUGUUGAGAUAUGCCAAAUGUUUUGGACGAAGAAUGUCCAAUUAAAGCCAAUCAUUCCUUUCGAUGAAGAAACAGAUUUUAAGCUAAAUGAGAAUCAUAAAUACCUCAAUAUAAACGUUUGGGUGACCGUCCCGGGAGAGAAAGAUGAGGUGUUACUAGGGUACCUUAACAUUCCACUUGCGGCGCUAUUGUCUGAAUGCCAAGAUUCGACUGUUCCUCAUCACAUGAAACGGUACCAGUUUCUACCACCCGACGUUGAUAUAAAAUUUAGCAAAAGCCACAACCUCUCAUCUCACGCUGGCUUCGAACCGUGCCUAUGUUUUGGAGAUGCAUUAGUGUGGUGGGAGUGGGAAGGCGUCACGGGCACUCGUUCUUCCCCCCGCCCUUCAACUAGAGUCCCCUCACGUGCUCCUGUGGUGUCUACGUCUGUUACGUCACACGACUUCGUACGUACGCACUUCCAUCGGUCCACACAAUGCGACUUCUGUAAUAAAAAGAUUUGGCUCAAAGACGCAAUGCAAUGUCGAAACUGUGGAUUGUGUUGUCACAAGAAAUGUGUUACCAAGUGUCAGGAGACCUCACCAUGCAUACCCAAGCAAAAUCGAGAAACGACUGGAUUUCAACCUCCCGAGCUAAUAACGACCGAGGCCGAUGUCGAUCCAGACUCCGAAGAAGACGAGAAAGAAGAAAGAAAGGAUUCCCUAGACGUACACGAAGAAGGCGGUGGAGCAAUGAGUGCGCUGGUUGCAGGACUUCGAAGAGCUGGUUCCGCACACUCCCUUUGUGUGGCUAAGAGCAAUUCAUCCUCGAGAUCGUUACCGCCAUCACCAAGCCAUACACCAAGGAAGGGAUCCCUGGAGUCAGGCAACCCGUUCAGUGGGUGUGGCGCGUCGUGGUUGUCCCAAGGGGAGGUUGGGGCGGUAUUGGCCCCCGUGGUGCGGAGCGAAUUGCCGCCCGACGCACUACUUGCAGCCGCCCGAGAUUCUGCGCCCGCCCUUGCCGCUGCUCUAACUGCCGCACAGAUACACGAUAUGUUGCAAGCCGUACGCGAAGAACUAUCGGCUUCAGAUGCAAGUGGUGAGGAGGGAGGAGAGGGCCGCGCCUGCGCGCUUACAGCUCUUAUGCUGCAUUGUUGCGCCGCCGCACAACUCGCACAACGGCCCGAUAACACUUAACUCCUAUUCCCAUACUACAAGUGUCAUCGAUUAAGCGUAAACUAUCACGUAUAACGAUAACCUCGGAUCUUUUUAAAUAAUUUUGAACCUUCUUUCCUUUACAUUACGGUUUAAAUUCACUUGCGAGAUGCUCCUGACGUUGUCGUUAGAAUUGGACCUUAAGUCAAUUGAACAAACAUUCUGCGGAAGACUUCUUAACUAUGAAAGCGAUAGUUUUUGUAUAGUGAUGAAUCAUGUAAAUAUCCUCUUUAAUAGUUAAAACUAUUCCCCUUAAAGGGGGUAACUAACCCGUAAAAACCUUUUAGACAAAGAUGAGGGGGUGAGGUCCCGAACUGACUUUAAUAUAUAACGUGUCCUUUAAAUGUUUGUUACUCACGCUAGGUUGUCUCGGGAGGAUUUUUAAUACUCCUUUUGUAAACGUGGGAUGAUAUACGCAAUAUCGUCGAAUAGUAAAAUCUUAUAUCCCUUUUCCUUAGUAAGACAGGCAUAUCCACGAUACUAGGAAUUCCGUGAUUUAAAACGAGAGAAAAUAGGAAACACGGGUGCUAGAGGUUACAUUCAGAAACGAUACUAGUUUGCGUGAAAUAUGACAUUAAAUUUAAAUUUUUUGCGCAUCGAAGUCACACUUAAAGCUAAGAUUCGUUUCUGAUACCCUACCCUACCCUAGGAAUUAUGAUUAUUAUAAUACUGGUUCUAGGACCCGUUCAUUGCAUACAAUAUAGUGUAGGUUUUAACUAGAAUUUGGUCAAUUAGUCAAUUCUAAAGUCGUCUCAGAUGCCGAAGUCCGCCCUAACUACAUAUUGUUAUAUACAAGGUUUACUAAAAGACUCGCAGUUUUAUUUACUUUUUUAUUCCAAAACCACCCUUAAAAUAAAGCUAUAAAGACGUCAUCGCAAAGCACGAAAUCUGCAUGAUUGUUGAGACUUAUAGUAAACCUAAAAGUUAGAAUUUACGAGAGAAAAAACGGUCUUAAAGGUAUUAUUUGCCUAAAAAUGUAAAUAGGAAAUUAUUUAUUAGUUAAUGAAGAACGAACUAUGUGUAUUAAUAUUAAGGUGCAAUUUUGCUUGUCGUUGCUGUUAUGACUCAUUGUGAGGAGAGCGGGGUCAAACUGAUCUCGAACUUCUUACAAUUGGAUACAUUAAAUGCAUUGUUCAUUGUG